AAAAUCCCUUGUUGGUGGCGGGAAGCGACGCAUAGAGAGAGAGAGUGAAAAGAGUGGAAGCUAUCACUGUGAAAUGGGAUCGGAGGCGGCUCUACCCAAAUGGGCCUCGGAGCCUUGCAUUAUGGGCAUCGAUGAAGCUGGACGAGGCCCUGUUCUCGGACCCAUGGUGUACGGAUGCUUGUACUGUGCUCGUUCGUACCAGAAGACCCUCUCCACUUUGGAGUUUGCAGAUUCCAAGACCCUAAAAGAAGAGAAGAGAGAAGAAUUGUUUGAAAACUUAAAGGCUGAUGAAUCUAUUGGAUGGGAUGUGGACAUUAUAGAUCCAAGGGAGCUUUCAGCUAAAAUGCUAAAGAAAGAUAAGAUUAACUUGAAUGAAAUUUCACAUGAAUCUGCCAUCGGCCUUAUAACUAAGGCGCUAAACAAGGGAAUUCUUCUAACUGAGGUGUUUUUGGAUACUGUUGGUGAUGCUGAGAAGUACAGAGUAAAAUUAUCUGAAAGAUUUCCUGCUAUCAAAUUUGUCGUUGCAAAGAAGGCUGACAGUCUUUAUCCUGUUGUUAGUGGAGCAAGCAUAGUAGCGAAAGUUACAAGAGAUCGGUCCGUGAAAGAAUGGGUGCUUGAUGAAACAGCUGAAAACAUUGACAGAAACUUUGGUUCUGGAUACCCUGGAGAUCCUGGAACCAAGGCGUGGUUGAAACAUAACAAGCACCCCGUAUUUGGAUUCCCAACAUUGGUUCGUUUCAGUUGGGGUACAUGUACUCCUUAUAUCAAAGAAUGUGUCGAAGUCUUGUGGGAAUCUGAUGAGAUGGAUGAAGAUAGUAAUUGUGGCAAACAGCAACAAAAGCUAAGCAAAUAUGGUGUCACAACAUCCAAGAGAAAGAGUGAAGAGACUGAAUCAAGUGGUAAAGGGCGCUGCAAAUUCUUUCAGGCACGUAAACUGGAGCAACUCACUCAUUUUUAAGAGAACAGCACUUCAGUUUUUUCUUGUCCUCUUAUCUAUUUAUUCAACUUAACUAAUUUUAAACAGUCUGCUAGAGUUCUGUUUCUCAAACUUCAUAUGAUUUAGUGGAAGAACCUGAAAUUUAUAAUAUCUUAUAGUAAUAUAUUAUUUA